AGAAGCAGAACAACAAGAACAGUUAGACAACAACGAAAAUGAAUUCCAAAGUUAAUUCGCUGGAGGAGAAAGUGAAACUGCCGCCAACGGAGACAAUAAGCCGUUGCUAUCAGCCGCAGCAGAGCAACCGUAAGGUCAUACGCAUCCUAACGGUAGCCGUCUAUGUGCUGUGCGUAUCGCUGGCGGCCAUAAUGCUAUCGCUAUACUAUAUUUUCAUAUGGGAUCCGACCAUACGACCCUUCGUUACCAAGGCCAAUCAGUGCGACAAAAUUGUGAUACCCGAAAAGAUUGCCAUACGCCUAUUAAACUCAUCGGAAGUCACCGCAGAGCAGUUCUACAAGCACAUCCUCGAACAGUAUCGCAUCCUGAACCACUUGCAAAUGCAGCGCCAACAGUUCCUGCAGAAGCAGCACCUGCAGCUGCAGCAGCUGGAGGCGAGCAACCGCUUUCAGGAGGUGUUCGCCACGGCCACUAUCAUACAGGCGCAUCAGCAGCCGCAGUCACGUGAUCCGCUCCAGAAGUCAAAAGCUCUACAAGCUGCCGCUGCCUCCGUCGCCGCCUCCUCGCUCUCACUCGCCAACAAUAGUAGUGGUAGCAGCAGCAACUCGUUCCGCCUUGAGCCGCCAGCGAACGCGGACAGCUCGUCGCACCACCUGCCCCUGGUGCUAGACACCUCGCCACCGGUGGAGGGCAGCGUCCAACAUCUGAAGCGAAAGAGCCAUCGGGGCCAUUACAAGCACCAUCGCAGUCGAGCCGGCGGCAGGAAGCUAGCGGAGCGAGCUGGUGCCACUGCCACCGUCAGCACCACAGCCAGCGAGCAGCCAACAAUGGCUGCACCACAUGGCUACAUGGAUACACCACUCAAUCCGGCAGCCGGCACCAUCUUGCAGCAGCCGCUGCAGCUCUACACAUCCAUGCCCAUACCGCUGAUCCUCAGUCCCAGCAAUGGGGAGAAGCGUCUGUCGCACCACAGUCACAGCCAUGCGCACGGCGAGCGACGCGGCAUGGGCGGUGGACAAACCAGACGACGCACCACCACAGCCACCGUAUCGGGCUACGAUGCGCAGACCUACCUCAAUCCGUUCCUCACCGGCGAGCUCAUCUUCGAGAAGUAAGCAGCUGAGCCACACUCACACAGAGACGUACACACACACACAUAUACACAGCCAUACACACACACAUACACUCACACUCACUGAGAGAAACACGUUGAACAUUUGGCCAAAGUUUAGCCAAAGAUACUUUACUCUAAGCAUCUGGCAUCGGAUGAGAUGGGAAUUGAGACUCGGGCACUGUCAUAGCCAGACGUUUACUACUACAACUGCAACCACAACUACUUGCACUCCAGCAGAUGCAUCAGA